UGCAAGUAUGUAAUCUGUUUUAUUAUUUUUAUUUUUAGAAGAUAUCUGUUAAAGCCAUCUGCCUCCUCCCACUUCGUAUUCCUGCAUACGAUGCAUAUGGAUGGAGGUUUGCGUCUACUGUGGAAAAGAUUAAGACACUAAACGUAUCGUUGUUCUUUGACUUGAAUCAGAGCUCCACUGUUCCACCUGUUGCAGGACUGCUGGUUCGAGUCACUAAAGCUCCUUCUCUAUGACUCUGACUGCAUAUUUGAGCUUGCUGUCCUUCUGCAGACUGAGCAUGCUCCCCUGAUGGAUUUUUUUAAAAAUGGUAUCUUUGUGUCCCCAUGUCAAGAGUAGAGACCACAGCAGCACCACUGCAAUGAGCUGAUGAGGCAGAAGACUGAACUCGCUGUAGCUCGUCUGUGAACCUUCAUGGAUUAAAAGCAUCACUGUGACAGGGAGGAAGACGUGACGGCCCACUCUCUCUGGGAGUUCUGUGUUUGUCUGGAACAGGAUUGCGUAAUCUGGAAGCGCUCGAUGUCUUUUUUGUUCAGUUGGAUUAAUAUGGUUCGUUGAAGAUGCAAUAAAAUCACAGUGGGAGUUAUUCCUAAAGAAGAACUGACUGCAAAAUUUAAGAAUGGAGCAGGACUUUACACAGUAGGAUCUCAUAUCGCACUCAUUAGUUGUGGAUGGUGAAGACUUGUGGGUACUAUCCUGGACAAGGUGGAUAUUCCAACUGUUUACACAUAAUCCAACUAAUAAAUCUGAAGUCCAGCAGGCAGCAUCUGUCUUCCUUUUCUCACUGCUGUGAAUGGACAUCUUAGUCUCCUAAAGCUAGAAGGUGAUAUUUUUCAUCUCCUGUUUAGUAUCUUUGCUGCACUGCUGGGAAAAAAGGAAAACCCUCCAAACAUGUCCGCUACAGGAAGGAAGCACUUGGUGAGAGACUUCAACCAUUUCAUCACCUGCUACCUGUGUCGAGGUUACCUGAUUAAACCAACUACGGUCACCGAGUGCCUGCACACAUUCUGUAAGAGCUGUAUUGUGCAGCACUUCGAGGAGAGCAAUGACUGUCCUAAAUGUGGCAUUCAGGUCCACGAGACCAACCCACUGGAGAUGCUCAGGUUAGACAACACCCUGGAGGAGAUCAUUUUCAAGCUGGUGCCCGGACUCAGAGAAAAAGAAGAGCAGCAAGAACUCGAGUUCUGGAGGAAGAACCAGCCCAAAGAAAAUGGCCAAGAAAGCCUGAGGUGUCCAAGGCUUGCCGUGCCUGAUGCUGGAGGCGAAGGUGGUGAUUGUGGAGGCAAUGAGGCCGACGGUGCUGGUGAGGAUGACUAUCACAGGAGUGACCCUCAGAUCGCCAUCUGCCUCGACUGCUUACGCAACACAGGACAGUCGGGGGAGAGCACCGUCACGGAUUUGAUGAAGAGGUUCAUCCGCUGCUCCAGUAGAGUCACCGUGGGAACAAUUAAGAAGUUUCUGAGUCUUAAACUAAAGCUGCCGAGCUCCUACGAGCUGGAUGUUCUGUGUAAUGGGGAAAUCAUGGGCAGAGAUCACACCCUGGAGUUCAUCUAUAUGACCCGAUGGAGGCUACACGGAGAGAAUACAUAUCCCAUGGUUCUCGAGUACCGGCCGCGCAUCGACUUCGGCUGAACCAUGGCUGCAAGAAGAAGACCACAAACACACACACACACACACACACACACACACACACACACACACAUGAAUUCAUCCAUACAUAGUAACCAAGAUAUUAAGAACAUCUGCAUUUCUGAGAAUAAACUGGACACAACACACAUAUGUCAACAAUGUGCAGAGAAAGAGAAAGAUUUAAAUGUAUUUUUGUACAGCCAAUGAUGAAGUGAAUACGUUGUUACGUUAAAGAGCUUUUAUGCUACAUAGAAUAAUAUAUGCUAUAAUAUAUGAUAUUUUUAAAUGUAUGUCCCUGUGCCUAAAAGAGCUGUUCGGAUCAGAAAUGAAGUAUGACCAUAUCUCCUCUUUGCCUG